AUGAGUUACCACGGCCAUUACGACGAGGAGGACGAGCUCGACAUCCGAGUCCGUCGCGGGAGAGCAUCUCCCCAACCCGUUGUUUACCCCGAACAUCGCUACCGCCCAGCACCCCGCCCAUUCUACGAAAGCCACGGGAGCUCAUAUCUGGUACCAGCCGUCAGCAUAGGGGCAGGCGGCGUCCAUAGAUCACGAUCAACCGGCCAUCGCCGAACCUCUCCUCCAGCCGCGGCACCCCAAGCUCCCAUCGUGAUCAACAAUCGCAUCUACAAUGAUUAUGAGGACGAUGAUUACCUGGGCCUCGCUCCACCACAGCGCUCCCGCUCUCGCUCUCGAUCCAGACCAAACUCUUUCGUUCAAGACCCGAGAGAUCAAUAUGAAUUGGAGCGAGCGCGCAGAGAGCUCGAGUCUUACCGAGCAGUGCACACCCGAGACGAGUAUGAGAUGGACAGGUCUCGGCGCGAGCUCGAAGCCUACCGCCUCGCUAGGGACCAGCAAGAGAAAGAUAAAGUGCGCCGGGAACUCGAGGCGUACAGAGCGGUGCACACGCGCGAUGAGUAUGAGAUGGAGAAGACUCGUCGGGAGCUAGAACUGUAUAAGAUUGACAAGGAGCGCCAGAAGGAGGAAGACCGCCUGAGGAAGCAGGUCGCUGCCACGAAGGAGGAUAUCGAGCUGGAGAAGACCCGAAAGGAACUCCAAGAGUAUAAGGCGCAGAAGGAGAAGGAGGCUGAAGAGAAGCGCGUGAAGAAAGAGAUGGAAUUACAGCGUCUUAAAGACGAGAAGAAAGCUGAGGAGGAGAAGAAAAGGCUUAAGAAGGAGGCGGAUGCUGCAAUUGAGAAAUAUAAGAUUGAAGAGGCCGAAAAGGCUGCUAAGGCCAAGAAGGAGAAGGCGGAGAGGGAAGAGGAGUACCAGAGACGGCUCCAGGAAGAUUUGCGCAAGUCUGGAAUGGAUGAGAGGCAGAUUGCGGUGGUUCUCAAGAAAGACAAGGGUGUCGACCCAAACAGACCAACAUACACACGAAUGUCGCGCCGCCAUCUCUCCAUCGAGACGCUCAACCGGUACAGAAUCGACUACGAAUUUGACCAGGAUCCUGAUUAUGUCCUGAUCAAGCGCUGGGUGCCUGAAUACGAGCAGGAUUUCUUGUGGUCUCAUACUAGGGAGAUCAGAGAGCGCAGACAGCCUGUGCUGCUGUCUAUCGAGGGCAAGAAACACCACCAUCACGAGACUGAGUUCGAGUUCGUACGCAAGAAGAAGCACGAGAGAAAGCCUUCGCCAUCUCCACUGUUGACUUUCUUGGCUGGCGGAAAACGGUAG